GCACGCUCAAUCCAAUCCACCAAAUACCGUCGAUCUCUCUCCCUCGUGCUCGCUCCCCAAGUCUUCGCCGAGUCGUCCCCUCCGACCUCGCCGCAGACGCCAUGGCCGCCGCCGCCUCGGAUCUGGAGAGCAAGGCCAAGGCCGCCUUCGUCGACGACGACUUCGAGCUCGCCGUCGACCUCUACUCCCAGGCCAUCGACGUCGGCCCCGCCACCGCCGACCUCUACGCCGACCGCGCCCAGGCCCACAUCAAGCUCGGAAGUUACACUGAGGCUGUAGCUGAUGCCAACAAAGCAAUUGAACUUGAUCCUUCGAUGCACAAAGCGUACCUUCGCAAAGGCUCGGCAUGCAUCAAGCUGGAGGAAUACCAAACUGCAAAGGCUGCUCUUGAGGUGGGUUCUUCCUAUGCAUCUGGUGACUCAAGGUUUACUCGUCUGAUGAAAGAAUGUGAUGAUCGCAUUGCUGAGGAGGCUAGCCAGGUGCCAGUAAAGAGUGCUGCUGCUGUUGCUGUGGCUCCAGCCACAACUUCUGGGGCUACAACUGUGGCUACUGCUGCUGAAGACAAGGAGGAUGGUGCAAGUAUGGAGAAUGCACAGCCAACUGUAGAAGUGCCAAGCAAGCCCAAAUACAGGCAUGACUACUACAAUAGUACUUCAGAAGUGGUACUGACAAUUUUUGCCAAGGGUGUUCCUGCUGACAGUGUGGUUGUUGAUUUCGGUGAACAGAUGCUGAGUGUCUCAAUUGAACUUCCUGGUGAGGAGCCAUACCAUUUUCAGCCUCGUCUGUUUUCAAAGAUCAUCCCAGAGAAGUGCAAAUACAUGGUAUUGUCUACAAAGGUCGAAAUACGCCUUGCAAAAGCUGAGCCGAUAACUUGGACAUCAUUGGAUUAUAAGGGUAAACCAAAGGCUCCUCAGAAGAUAAAUGCACCAGCUGAAUCAGCCCAGAGGCCAUCUUAUCCAUCAUCAAAAUCCAAAAAGGACUGGGAUAAGUUGGAGGCUGAAGUGAAAAAACAGGAGAAGGAUGAAAAACUUGAUGGUGAUGCUGCAUUGAACAAGUUUUUCCGUGAGAUCUACAGUGAUGCAGAUGAAGACAUGCGCAGGGCAAUGAUGAAGUCUUUUGUGGAGUCCAAUGGUACGGUUCUCUCAACCAACUGGAAAGAUGUCGGGAAAAAGCCUGUGGAAGGGAGCCCUCCUGAUGGAAUGGAGCUGAAGAAGUGGGAGUAUUGAUGAAUUCAGAUCAUCCAUGUUGUAAAUCCUGGUUGCGAGUCAUGACUUGGCUGCGGACUUACAGAUCAAUUUCGGUCGGAUUACGUAUGUCAGCUCAUCAUCGCGUUUCCGUAUUGUUAAGCUGUUUGCGUGACAUGUUAGCUUCUAAGUACCUAUUCCUAGUUUUGCAAGCUACAGCUGGGCAUCUGUGGUAGGAAGUGCAAAACGUAACUUGUAUGGUGGAACUAUCAUCUGUGAAAUGGUGCUCUUUUUUGUCUGAA